AUGCAAAACAAAGACACCUCCAUGAUAGAUAUUAACGAUGCAAAUAAUGCCGAGGAUAAAAAGGGUGACACGUCAUUAGUUCAUAGUUUUUCACAAAUGAGCGUAGAUACAGCAAAUGGCCUUGAACCUCGUCCUCAGAUAUCCGGAAGGCAGAGGUCUAGGUCAACAUUAAUAUUUGAUGAUGAUGACGAGAUUCCACCUUACACUGAUCAUCAAGAACAUGGAAGCUCUAAUAUAUCUGAUUCAGAUAUCGAUGAGAAUUCGAGUGGGAAUGAUUCUGAUGCUUACAUGAAUGAUGAUGAAUCACUUCGACUACAACCAUCAAAUGAACAAGAUCGCGAGUUAAAACAUCAAGACCAACAAAUACAAAUGCAGAUGCAAAUGCAACCGGAUGAACAACAGCAACAGCAACAACAACAACAACAAUAUGUGCCUCCUCAAAACCAACAAAACAAUGUAAUGGUACCGGUUGAUAUCACAUGGCAACAAGGUGGACAAAAGGCCUACGUUACGGGUUCUUUCACUGGUUGGAGAAAAAUGAUUGGUCUUGUUCCAGUUCCUGGUCAACCAGGUAUUCUACAUGUCAAAUUGCAAUUACCACCUGGAACGCAUAGAUUUAGAUUUAUUGUUGAUAACGAAUUAAGAUUUAGUGAUUAUUUACCUACUGCAACUGAUCAAAUGGGUAAUUUUGUCAAUUAUCUGGAGGUCGUUGCUCCAAAUAACCAUGUAGCCUCCCAGAACAAUAAUACUAUGGAUGAUAAUACUAAUUGGCCAUUAGGUCAAGAACAAAAGCAAACACAAGGAGAGAAGCCACCUUUAUAUAAAGAAGAGCAAAAUCAAACAAAUAGACAAACAGCAUCUAAAACAGAGAGAAAGGAACCUAUGAGUGCUCGUUCUAGAAUUGCUUUGGAAAUCGAAAGUGAACCUGACGAUAUGGGUAACGGAUUCUCACGUUUUCAUAGUCAAGAGCUUUUAGCUCCAAAGGUUGAGUAUACCCAGGAUAUCCCUGCUGUUUUCACAGAUCCGACGGUAAUGGAACAAUAUUACCUGACACUUGACCAACAACAGAAUAACCACCAAAACAUGGCUUGGCUAACUCCUCCACAACUACCACCUCACUUAGAAAAUGUUAUCUUGAAUAGUUAUUCUAACUCUCAGGGUCAAAACAGUGAAAAUACUUCUGGUGCGCUUCCUAUUCCAAAUCACGUCAUUCUGAACCAUUUGGCAACUAGUAGUAUUAAACAUAACACUCUAUGUGUAGCCUCGAUUGUUAGAUACAAACAGAAAUAUGUGACACAAAUUCUUUAUGCUCCUUUACAAUGA